AGCCAUAAAACUUUCCCCUAAAAAAUAACAAAUAAAAAAUAAAAAAUAAAAAAAAAUCCUCUGAAGCAGUACUAGUAGUUGCCGAUCGGCGAUUCUUCUUCUUAAAUUGUUUUUUGGAUUUGAAGAAAAACUCCAAUCUUUUUUCUCUUUAAUUCCAACAAAUUUGGGGGAUUCGCUAGACUUCAUCGGCAAAGGUUUAAUGAAUUCUGAGUAUUCGGUAGAAAUCUGCUUUUUUCCAGAUGGCUUUGCAAGAUCAAUUACAUAAGUUCCAGAAGCAGCAAGAGAAAUGCCAGUCAACUCUUACCAGUAUUGCAUCUUCUAAGGCUAAACCUGUUCAGAAAUCAGCAGUGCUUAUAGCACCAAACAGGCCUCCGGCUCCUGCUAUCAAGUUUUCUAAUGAUACAGACAGACUCCAGCACAUUAACAGCAUUAGGAAAUCCCCAGUCGGAGCUCAGAUCAAGCGAGUUAUUGACCUGCUGUUGGAGACAAGGCAAGCCUUUACACCAGAGCAAAUAAAUGAAGCAUGUUAUGUGGAUGCGAAUGCAAACAAAGCUGUGUUUGACAGUCUAAGGAAUAAUCCAAAAGUUCACUAUGAUGGGAAGCGCUUUUCUUACAAGUCCAAGCAUGAUAUUAAGGACAAAAAUCAGCUUCUUUACUUAAUAAGGAAAUUUCCAGAGGGUAUUGCUGUUAUUGAUCUCAAGGAUGCAUACCCAACUGUGGCAGAAGACUUGCAGAAUUUGAAGGCAACGGGUCAUAUUUGGCUUCUUUCGAACUUCGAUUCCCAAGAGGAUAUUGCUUACCCAAACGACCCAAAGGUUCCAAUUAAGGUUGAUGAUGACCUUAAACAGCUAUUUCGUGGAAUUGAAUUACCCCGUGAUAUGCUGGACAUUGAGAAGGAUCUCCAAAAGAAUGGUCAGAAGCCUGCCACCAACACAGCAAAGAGGAGAGCCAUGGCACAGGUUCAAGGCAUUUCCUCCAAGCCAAAAACCAAGAAGAAGAAGCAUGAGAUAAGCAAGAGGACCAAGCUAACCAAUGCACAUCUUCCGGAGCUUUUCCAGAAGCUAAAUGGGUCCUGAUUCAUGAAGUCAGUUCAAGCUGUCAUUGGACUCAUAAAGCACGGAUUCUCAUCUGUUGGCUGAUCCGGCAUUCUCACAAAGCAUGAUGGAUUGUGUAGAUAGGAAAGUACAAUUUACCAGUUGAAAUUGAUUUCAUGGAGUAGCACUUUGCAGCCAUUUGUGUUUAAUUGUAUUUUUGUAACAGUAUCUAAUGGAAAACCAUUUUGGUACGACUCCUUUGAGAUUGUCUCUCAAUCACAGAGCUUCAGUAAUACAAUGUUUUUUGAGAUUUUAUUUUA